AUGUCGUUGCUCAACGACUCAUUCACAAGGCCGCGAAUGCCUUCGCCGUCCCCCAGCUUCGCACGCAUGACGGCAGCCAUCAGCAUUCCUAGCUCUAGGGGCAGCCCAGCUUCCACGCCGUUCUACCUCAAUGGCUCUCUUCAGUCGACGCCAGAGGGCAUAGUGCCUAUGAUCUCGAGCUCGCUACCAGCCGUGCCGUCCUACAGCCUACCAGAAUCGCUCCUGCCGCCGCCAAUGACAGCAGCACCUACCUCGUCUCCCUCUGCCAUGGCUGAGCCCCUCGGCAAAGGACCAGGCCUGAUUCGAAGGGUCAGCCGCGGUGCGCAAGGCAUCCCAAAUAGGUUCCGCCGCAACAACUCGCAAGCACACCGCGACAGAAGUCAAGGGCCAGUCAUCAUGCGCCGACGUAGUGAUAGCAGGACUGCCGCCGACGGCGAGGCCUGCAUCUCAGACUUUGAUGCAUUUGAAGAGGAGGAGGCGAUCGACGACGUAUACGGCGAGCCUAUCAACGCGCUGGGCAUCUCGAGUACCCAGCCCAGUGUCAGCUCGAUACCGGACUCCACAGUUGUAGCACCGGUGCGCAACUCCCGUCUUGAGCAAGGCACCGUUUUGAAGAAGGUCACAAAGAAAGAGAAGAAGGAAAUCAACUUGCGCCUCGAUCUGGAAUCGGCGAAGGUGUUUUGGGACCCUUCUCGACCAUCGAAGUGCUUCUACAUCGACGAUGUAAGGGAAAUCCGCUCAGGUCUCGAGGCCAAGCACUACCGCGAGGAAGUUGGCCUGUCGGAAGCAUGGGCACCCUACUGGUUCACCAUUGUAUACACAGACACAUCUCGCACCAAGGGUCGCAUACGGACCAUGCACCUGAUUGCACCUGAUACUGGUGUGUUCAACAUGUGGACCGAGACACUCGAGUCUGUAUCUCGCAACCGUAUCGACAUGAUGGCUGGCCUGCUGGGCUUUGCAGACAAGAGCGCUAAGCUUGUCUGGCAGCGCGAGAUGAAGAAGCGCUCGAAUGGUGUCGAUGGUCUUGACUCCUUGGACUUCCCAAGCACCAUUGAGUUGUGCCGCAACCUGCACAUCAACUGCACAGAGGCAACCCUCCGUAUCUACUUCAACAAGGCCGCCACUCUAGAUACGGGCAGGCUGAACCAGACACAGUUUCUGUACUUCGUCAGACGCCUGAAGGAGCGCAAGGACAUCAAGCAGAUUUACAAAGCAUUCCAGUCAGGAUCGAAAGUGGAGAUGGACAAGGUCACUUUCUUCUCCUUUUUGCAGCAUGAGCAGGGUAUCGAUGUCACUCAAGAUCUGGAGUACUGGUCGAACACCUUCGAAAAGUUCGCACGUGCCACGAAGACCAAGGCGACCCCAGCAGAAGGUGGCGAGAUCCCACUGCCCCUGACGAUGAGCUUCCCUGCGUUCCAAACAUUCUUGACAUCGCCUGCGAACUCUGUCCUUAAACCAGUCGACAAGGACCUGCAACUCAACCGUCCGUUGAAUGAGUACUUCAUCUCUUGUUCGCACAACACCUACCUUCUUGGGCGCCAAGUCGCUGGGGAGUCAAGCACCGAGGCGUACAUCACGGCGCUCCAGAAAGGAUGCCGAUGCAUCGAGAUUGACUGCUGGGAUGGCAGUGAUGGAAAACCUGUCGUUAUGCACGGCCGCACUCUGACAUCAAGUAUCUCUUUCCACGACACUAUUAAGGUCGUCAACAAAUAUGCUUUCGUUGAGUCCCAGUAUCCGCUUAUCCUAUCGCUAGAGGUGCACUGCACCGCAGACCAGCAAGCCUCAAUGGUCAAGACCAUGUGCGAGGAAUUCGGUGACAAGUUGGUCUUGAAGCCUUUGGACUUUACAUCCCAGACUCUGCCCUCUCCAGCAGAGCUGAAGAACAGAGUCUUGAUUAAGGUCAAGGCUGCAUCCGAAGAGUUGGACGCCAAGGCCCUGACGAACGAGCUUACCACACGGAGACGAGAACGCAGCUUCAGCUCGCCUUGGUCUCGACCUAUUCAAAUGAACGACACCGUUAUCCCUAAUUCGCCCCUCAUCUCAAGCCCGCCGUCAAUGAGUCCUCCAGAGCGGUCAGCCAUGUUCUGGGCAUCACCUCGCACCUCCACUACCUCGACCAACAACACCGUACCAACCUCAGCGCUUGUUAGCUCGGCUGAAGAUAGCGAUAGCCCGCAAGUGACCGCAGCAGAAGAGCGCAAGAAGCCGAAGAAGACCAAGACCAGCAACAUCACCAAGCUUCUUGGCGAUUUCGGUGUGUACACGAAGGGGUACAAGUUUACCGACUUCACAUCCAGUGAUGCUCAGACGUACAACCACAUCUUCUCAGUCAACGAACGUGCUUUCGAGAAGAUGACGAAGCCUGGUUCGCGCGAGAAGCAUCUUCUUGAGGCGCACAACAUGCGAUGCCUGAUGCGUGUUUAUCCUCACGCUUUUAGGAUCAACUCUUCCAACUUUGACCCCCUUAAGUUCUGGAGACGAGGAGUGCAGAUGGCCGCUCUCAACUGGCAAACAUACGACCUUGGGCAACAGCUCAACGAGGCAAUGUUCGCAAGUGGCAACGACCGCACAGGUUAUGUACUGAAGCCUGCGGAUCUGCGCUUGGAGCAAACACCUACCCAAGGUCACAGCAAAGCGCCCAAGAAGGAGGUCAAAUUUGCUGUCAAGAUCAUCUCCGCCCAGCAGUUACCACGUCCCCGAGGACUUGCACAAGACGCCAACAUCAACCCGUAUGUCGAGUUUGAGAUGUACAGUGCCGAAGACAACGGCGCCAACGCUGUUGGUGUUGGUGGGCAAGAUGCCUCUGCACGCAACGGUCAUUCAGGUAUCGGCAAUCCACUACGCAAACGAACUCGCAUUGUCGAGGGCAACGGAUAUAACCCGGUAUUUGACAGUGAACUGCAGUUGACUGUUCGCACUCGAUUCCCGAGUCUUGUAUUUGUGCGUUGGACCGUCUGGAACUCCCUGGAUGCUCGCACUACCAACCAUGCUCCCCUAGCUACCUUUACAGCUAAGCUCAACAGCAUCCAACAAGGCUACCGUCACCUGCCAUUGUUCGACAGCAAUGGCGAACAGUACCUGUUUUCGACACUGUUUUGCCAGAUCAAGAAGCAAGAUAUCGUUGAUGCCCCAGAGCAAGUAUUGGAGCGCACUGGUUCCCGCAGGUCGUCCAUGGAGCCUGCCAGUCCCUCUAUCGAAGCCAUAAACGCAAAUCCGAAACGCAAUUUCGUCAGACGCUUGAUAAGUCGAGCUCCUAGCGAGCGCAGCAAGCGUAAAGAGGAACGAAUCAGUAGCGAGUCUCGCGAGUCAGACCUAGACUUGAUAAGUCGCUCAAGCACGUUUGAGCGGUGA